AUGGCUUAUGAGCAUCAAACCCUUGUUUUUCUCUUAUUGCCACCUUUCAUUCUUCUACUCCUUAGCAUCAAACUGCUUUUCUUUAAGAGAUCAACAAGGCUACCACCUUCCCCAUGGAAACUCCCAUUCAUAGGAAACCUUCACCAAAUUGGGUUGUUACCCCACCAAUCCCUUCACAAGCUUGCAAAAAGCCAUGGCCCUCUUAUGCUUGUAAACCUUGGUCAGGUUCCCACUCUUGUGGUUUCAUCAUCUCAAAUAGCCAAAGAGAUUAUGAAGACUCAUGAUCUUAUCUUUGCAAGUAGACCAAGUCUCAAAACUGCUCAAGUAAUACUUUAUGGAUGUGUGGACAUGGUUUUCUCACCAUAUGGUGAGCAUUGGAGACAGAUGAGAAAGAUAAGUGUGACCAAUCUGCUCAGCAUGAAAAUGGUGAAAUCCUUUCAAGUUGCAAGAGAGGAGAAGGUGGCUCACUUGAUAAAUAGAAUUUCCCAAGCUUCUUCACAAGGAUUUUCGAUAAAUAUGAGCAAGUUGUUGUUCUCCUUCACCAAUAGCUUCCUCUGCAAAGCCAUCUUGGGUGAUUUAUCAAAGGAAGAAGAAGGAAGGAAUUACGAGAUCUUUCAUGAAAUGAUAGAAGAAACUGUACUUUUAUUAAAUGGCUUCAAUGUGGAGGAUUACUUUCCUUCAUUAGCUUGGUUGUGCUCAUUAUUACGGUUGGACAGGAGGGCUAAGAACAAUUUUAGUAAGUGGGAUGGUGUUCUAGGUCAGAUGAUUGAGGAACAUGUGAAUAAAAAUAAAGGAGAGGCUGAAGAUAAUAACUUUAUAGAUGUCUUGCUCUCUAUGCAAAAGGAUCCUAACAUGGACAUUUCCCUUACUAAAGAUUACAUCAAAGCUCUUCUUCUGGAUAUGUUUGCAGCAGGGACUGACACAUCAUAUAUAGUCCUAGAAUGGAGUAUGGCCGAACUCAUUAGGAAUCCACAAGUGAUGAGAAAACUACAAGAAGAGGUAAGAGGAAUAGCAUGCAAUAGGCCCAUGGUUAAAGAAGAGGAUCUCAACAACAUGAACUACCUCAGAGCUUUCAUUAAAGAGAUUCUAAGACUUCAUCCUCCUGCUCCAUUGCUUGUUCCUAGAGAAUCGAUGGAAAGUUGCCAAAUUGCAGGCUAUGAAAUACCAAAAAAAACAAGAGUUUUCAUUAACUAUUGGGCAAUCACAAGAGACCCUGAAGUGUGGGAGUCGCCAGAGGAGUUUCGACCAGAGAGGUUCGAGAAUAAUAUUAUUGAUUUCAAAGGACAAGACUACCAAUACAUUCCUUUUGGUGCUGGAAGAAGAAUUUGUCCAGGAAUGCAAUUUGCAAUUUCCACUAUAGAACUUGCUUUAGCGAACAUUGUGCAUCAGUUUGAUUGGCAGUUACCAAAGCACGAUGUUGGAGAAGAACUAGACAUGAGUGAAGCUCCUGGAGGAACAACAAGGAUGAACAAAAACCUCUAUCUCGUUGCAAAACCUUGUUUUUGA